AUGCUCGCCACGACGAUACGGUCGCCGCCCUCGGUGGACGACUACACCCCCCUCUCCGAGUACCAGUCCCAAACGCCAGAAUCGUUCAGCGGCGGUAAGCCAGUGUUGCACUUCCACCUGAAGGGAGCCGUCGCAUCCAUCCCCAAGUCGCAAUGCGGCACGCUGGCCAUCUUCCCCGCGGACUCGCCUGCAGCCGAGAAUGCCGUGGCGAGCACAAACGGUGACACGGAGGGGCUGGUUGAGCAGAAGGUCGAUGUAUUUGUAAACUCAGAACACUUUACAAUCUUUAGCGAAAAGACAGAGUCGGGCGUCUCGAUUCCCUAUCCGUCCAUCUCCAUCCACGCAGUUAAGCAGGUCAGCGCGCGUGAAGGCGCCAGCACCCCGGCCAUAUGGAUGCAGCUCGAGUUCUCGGACGGCGGCGCCGACGACGACGACUUCAACAUGGUUGAGCUAACGAUUGUGCCGGCAUCAGGCGAGCCGCCCCAGACGGCGCAGCAGCUGUACGACGCCAUUGCCAAUUGUUCAAACUUGCACCCUGACCCGACCAACGGGGACGAGGACGGGGACGAGGAAAACGACUACGACCGCAUAGUAUUUGAGGGCAACAUGGAGCAAGAGGCCGUCGAGGGGUUCACAGGGGUUUUGCGCGGCACGGCCGACGGAGGACUGCCGCCGCCCAUGCCGGGCAGCGGGGGUUGGAUUACCGCGGAAAACGUGCACGAGUAUUUCGACGAGGAUGGGAAUUGGAUUGGGGGCAGCAAUGGAGACGGCGAGGCAGAGGAGCUGGGUGAUGGCGCGGGCAGGACAAGACCCAGAGAGGAGGUUGACGACGAUGGGGUCAAUGGCGACGACGCUGAGAGCAAACGCCCAAGGGUUGAGUAG